AAAAUCACACUCUCAUCUCUCUCUCUGUCUCUGUCUCUCUCUUUCUCUCUCUAUCUCUCUGAGCUGAAUCUACUCUCUCUCUCUAGAACGUCUCCACUGAUUUCACAUUCUCGAAAGGUUAUACAUUUGAAGCUCUCAACGGCCGGCCUUCAACUCAUCUGAGAGAGGCUGAUAGAUUUGAGGAAUAAAUCGGGAAAAUGGAGUAUCCACAGUCUCAGCAGCAGAGAAGAGUAGGUGGAAAUGGAUUUGUCUCGAUGUCUCCGUCGCAGACGCCGCGGUCGUCUGAUAAGGCAGCGAGGGAUCUGCGAUCGGGAGAUGGGAACAUGAGCGGGAAGCAUGAUAAGGAGAAAGGCGUGAAUGUACAGGUCAUUUUGCGAUGCAGGCCAUUGAGUGAGGACGAGACGAGAAUGCAUACACCAGUGGUGGUAUCCUGCAAUGAGAGUCGAAGGGAAGUUUUGGCUGUUCAGAAUAUAGCUAAUAAACAGAUCGACCGGACGUUCGUCUUUGAUAAGGUCUUUGGUCCAGCAUCACAACAAAAAGAUUUGUAUGAUAGCGCCAUAUGCCCUAUUGUAUUUGAAGUUCUGGAGGGGUAUAACUGCACCAUUUUUGCAUAUGGGCAGACAGGAACUGGGAAAACAUACACAAUGGAGGGAGGGGCAAGGAAAAAGAAUGGGGAAUUUCCAACUGAUGCAGGUGUUAUACCAAGGGCUGUUAGGCAAAUUUUUGAUAUACUAGAAGCUCAAAAUGCUGAGUAUAGCAUGAAGGUUACAUUUUUAGAGCUGUAUAACGAGGAGAUAUCAGAUCUCUUAGCUCUUGAUGAAUCCUCAAAAUUUAUCGAUGACAAAUCUAAGAAGCCAAUAGCACUAAUGGAGGAUGGUAAGGGUGGAGUCUUUGUUAGAGGCUUGGAAGAGGAGAUAGUAUGCACUGCAAAUGAGAUUUACAAGAUCUUGGAGAAAGGUUCUGCCAAAAGGCGUACAGCGGAGACUCUUCUUAACAAACAGAGUAGCCGUUCUCACUCAAUAUUUUCAAUCACAAUUCACAUCAAGGAAUGCACUCCAGAGGGGGAAGAGAUGAUUAAAUGUGGAAAACUGAAUCUUGUGGACCUUGCUGGAUCUGAGAACAUAUCACGCUCUGGUGCAAGAGAGGGUAGAGCAAGGGAAGCAGGUGAGAUCAACAAGAGUUUGCUUACACUUGGCCGUGUCAUAAAUGCUUUAGUUGAGCACUCUGGCCAUGUCCCAUACAGGGAUAGCAAAUUAACAAGGUUGUUGAGAGAUUCUCUGGGAGGGAAAACAAAGACAUGCAUAAUUGCAACAAUAGCACCUUCCAUGACUUGCUUGGAAGAGACACUCAGCACUCUAGAUUAUGCUCACCGCGCCAAAAAUAUAAAGAAUAAACCAGAGAUUAACCAGAAGAUGAUGAAAUCUGCCAUGAUCAAGGAUUUGUACUCUGAAAUUGACCGGCUGAAGCAAGAGGUCUAUGCUGCAAGAGAGAAGAAUGGGAUCUAUAUACCUAGAGACAGAUACCUUCAAGAGGAAGCUGAGAAGAAGGCUAUGGCUGAAAAGAUAGAACGCAUGGAGCUUGACGUGGACUCCAGAGAUAAGCAACUGAUGGAGCUUCAGGAACUGUACAAUUCUGAACAGCUGUUGAGUGCAGAAUUGACCGACAAACUUGAGAAAACAGAGAAAAAGCUUCAGGAAACUCAGCAUAUGUUGGUUGAUCUUGAAGAAAAACACAGGCAAGCAAAUGCAACAAUAAAAGAAAAGGAAUAUCUAAUAUCCAAUCUUCUGAAAUCUGAGAAAGCACUUGUUGAGCGUGCAUUUGAACUUAGAGCUGAACUGGAGAAUGCUGCAUCAGAUGUGUCCAACUUAUUUGCCAAGAUUGAGCGCAAGGACAAAAUAGAAGAUGGAAAUAAGGUUCUCAUACAGAAAUUUCAAUCCCAAUUAACUCAACAGCUGGAUUUCCUGCAUAAGACUGUUGCUGCUUCAGCCACACAACAAGAGCAGCAGCUUAAAGCCAUGGAGGAAGACAUGAACUGUUUUGUCUCUACUAAGACUGAGGCUACUGAGGAGCUUCGGGGUCACUUAGAAAAGCUAAAAGUUAUGUUUGGGUCUGGCAUCAAUGCUUUGGAUGAUUUAGCAGGAAAGCUUGAUGGUAAUUCUCAGUUGACUUUUGAACGAUUAAAUUCUGAAGUUUCUAAACACUCGUCUGCUCUAGGGGAGCUCUUCAAGGGGAUUGCUUCCAAAGCUGAUACAUUAAUUAAUGAACUUCAAAGCAGCCUUCAUAGUCAGGAGGAGAAAUUAAUUGCAUAUGCCCAACAGCAACGUGAGGCUCACUGUAGGACCAUCACAACCUCAAGGUCAAUCUCCCAAACAACUACAAGUUUUUUUAAGACUUUAGAUAUGCAUGUGUCACAGUUGGGUCAAGUGGUUGAAGAAGCACAAAAAGUCAAUGACCAACAGCUCUCUGAGCUUGAACACAAGUUUGAGGAAUGUGCUAUGAAUGAAGAAAGGCAACUCUUAGAAAAAGUGGCAGAGUUGCUUGCAAGCUCAAAUGCUAGGAAGAAAAAACUGGUUCAAACUGCAAUUAAUGGCCUCCGGGAAAGUGCCUCCAAUAGAACGGAUAGACUAAAACAAGAGAUGUCAACUAUGCAUGAUUCAACUUCUUCAGUGAAAGAUGAGUGGACAAUGUACAUGGAAAAAGCUGAAUCAUAUUACCUAGAGGAUACUGUUUCUGUGGAGAACAGUAAGAAAGAAAUGGAAGUUGUCCUACAAAGCUGUUUGCAAAAGGCAAAAAUGGGUGCACAGCAGUGGAACGAUGCUCAAAGAUCUUUGCUCAAUCUAGAGGAGGUCAAUGUAGCUUCUGUACACGAAAUAGUGAGGGAAGGAUUGAGUGCCAAUCAAGCCUUGCGUGUGCAGUUUUCUUCGGGUGUAUCAUCUGCACUUGAAGAUGCUGAAAGUGCAAGCAAGAAUCUCCUUUCAUCUAUCGACCAUUCUCUACAACUUGAUCGUGAUGCAUGCGAGAACCUUGAUUCCAUGAUAGUUCCUUGUUGUGGACAACUGAGAGAGUUGAACACUGGACACCUCCACAAAGUUGCUGAAAUCAGAGAAUAUACAGGAAAAUGCCUAUCGGAAGAAUACACGGUUGAUGAGCCAUCAUGUUCAACUCCAAAGAAGAGACUGUUCAACCUUCCCAGCAUUGGUUCUAUUGAAGAGCUCCGAACGCCGGCUUUUGAGGAGCUACUAAAAUCAUCAAGGCAACCUAAUGGGGACGUAAAGCAUGCUGUAGAGGCAGCCCAAACCUUGAGAGAUUCAAGAACUCCCCUUACUGCUAUUAAUGGAGUGGCCUGAAGUUUUAAGAUUAAGGAACCCCCCACUGUACAGUAGUAUCAACUCCUAAGAUUGUAUUCUGUUCUAUAUUCUUUUAUAAGUUUUUUUGGCGAGCGUUAUUGUUAGGAGACAGACGCCGCAGUGCUUUAUAUACAAGAUAUAGUUUGUAAGCUCUCAGUUGGUUUGUGACUUUGAGUGUCACACUUCUUCCUAUUGUUGAUUAAGAGGAUUUUAUUGUUAAAGCAUUUUCA